AUGACCAGCCUCAUAGAUUUAGGCAGAUAUGUUGGAAGAACUCGCCAUGAAGAAGACACCUCAUCGAGCUCCAAAAGAGUAAAAGUUGCCACAGCUGAUUUAUCUUCCUUCCAGCCUGGCAGUAUAAUUAAGAUCCGUUUACAAGAUUUUGUGACCUACACUUUAACUGAAUUCAACCUUUCGCCGUCUCUAAACAUGAUUAUUGGGCCCAAUGGGUCCGGUAAGUCUACUUUUGUGUGUGCUGUGUGUCUGGGGUUGGCUGGUAAACCAGAAUAUAUCGGUAGAAGUAAAAAAGUGGAAGAUUUUAUCAAGAAUGGUCAGGAUAUUUCAAGGAUUGAAAUCACUUUGAAGAAUUCACCAAAGAUUCAUGAUAUUGACUUCAUAAGUACACAUGACGAAACAAUAAAAGUUACUAGAAUAAUCACUAGAUCUAAGAGGAGAUCUGAUUACUUGAUUAACGACGAACAGGUAUCGGAAAAUGCAGUUAAAACCUUAGUCUCUCAGUUGAACAUCCAAUUAGAUAAUCUAUGUCAAUUUUUAUCCCAAGAGCGUGUGGAGGAAUUUGCUCGAUUGAAGUCAGUAAAACUAUUGGUAGAAACUAUAAGGUCCAUCGAUGCAAGCCUGUUAGAUGUACUAGAGGAACUAAUGGAACUCCAGGCAAAUGAACAGAGUUUGCAAAAGGACCUUGACGUUAAAAAAAUGAAAGUCGUUCAUCUGAGACAAGAGAGCGAUAAACUACGAAAAUCAGUAGAGUCAUUACGAGAUUUUCAAAAGAAAAAGGGUGAAAUUGAGUUGCACUCUCAAUUAUUACCUUAUGUGAAGGUAAAAGAUCAUAAGGAGAAACUGAAUACCUAUAAAGAGGAGUAUGAGCGAGCGAAGUCAAAUUUAAGAGCUUUAUUAAAGGAUAAGAAGCCAUUUGCAAAUACAAAAAAAACUUUAGAGAAUCGAGUUCACGAAUUGACAGAAAAAUGUUCCUUAAAGAAUGACGAAUUUGUGAAAGCAAAAGAAAAAGUUAAUGAUAUUUUUGAAAAGUUGAAUACCAUACGAGAUGAUGUUAUUAAGAAGAAAACUCAAAACGAAUAUUAUAGAGGUAGAACCAAGAAAUUGCAAGCAACCAUCAUUGGUACAAAGGAGGAUUUGGCGAGAAACCGAGAAAUUCUAGAACAAACUCAAUUGCCUGAAAAAAGCGUAUUUGAAGAUAUAGAUAACAAAAGAAAGGAAAUCAUCAACAAAGAAGGAGACCUCCGAGGACUUAUUUCUGAAAUAGAUGCAAAAGCAAAUGCCGUUAAUCAUGAAAUGAGGAGUAUACAGAGGCAAGCAGAGAAUAAAACUAAGUCCCUCAAUACAACUGAUAAAAUUGGUAUUUUAAAUCAAGAUCAAGAUCUGAAAGAGGUUCGUGAUGCCGUGCUUUUCAUUAGGGACCAUCCCGAAAUGAAGGAGAAAAUUCUAGAACCUGCAAUUAUGACAGUGUCUGCUAUUAAUUCUCAGUUCGCAGCUUAUCUGGCUCAAUGUGUGGAUUUUAAUACAAGUAAAGCCCUGACCGUUGUUGACUCUGACGCUUACAGGCUAUUUGCAAAUCCAAUUCUUGAGAAAUUCAAAGUGAACUUAAGAGAACUAUCUAACACUGAUUCCAAACCUCCGGUGCCUAUAGAAACAGUUCGAGAUUUGGGUUUCGAAGGUUACUUAUCCGAUUUUAUUACUGGUGACAAGAGGGUUAUGAAAAUGCUUUGUCAAAUCAACAGGAUACAUACCAUCCCAGUAUCUAGGAGGGAAUUGACGCCGGCGCAGAUAAAGAGAUUGAUUACACCAACAUCAAAUGGAAGAAUUCUUUUCAAGAGAAUUAUUCACGGGAACAGACUUGUAGACAUCAAGCAAUCAUCUUAUGGUAAUAAGCAGAUAUUUCCCACUGAUGUCAACAUAAAGCAGACUAACUUUUACCAAGGGUCUAUUAUGUCAAAUGAACAGAAAACUAGAAUCGAGAGUGAUAUUGACAACUUAAAGAAUGAAUAUAAUAACCGAAAAUCUACGUUAGACACAUUGUCGAAUCAGAAGAGUGAUUAUAGGCACGAAUUAUCUGAACUUGCGUCAAAAAACGACAACAUAAACAGAAAGGCUCAUGAACUAAAUGAGGUUCGUAAAAAGUACACUAUGAGGAAAAGUACAAUAGGAACACUGGAAGAGAAAUUAGAGGAGUUGAAACGUGAAGCCAGGAAGGAUGUAUCACAGAAGAUCAAAGAUAUCGAUGACCAAAUUCAGCAGCAACUGCUCAAUCAAACACGAUUACUGUCCAAGAUGGUCUCUUCGAUGGAGGAUUUAAAAAAUUCUCAAAAGGAAUUAAUGACCUCCCAAAUUUUCCAGUUUGAAGCCCAAAAUAUGGACAUUUCCAUGAAUGAUGUGAUUGGAUUUUUCAACGAAAGAGAGGCUGAAUUAAAGCAUCAAUAUGAGCAUAAGAAAAAGUUCGUGAAGGAGAUGAGGGAUACUCCUGAAUUUCGAUCCUGGAUGGAAGAAAUUAGACACUACGACGAGGAUACAAAGGAAAGAUUGAAUAAAGUAGCAGAACAAUAUGAAAAAGAGAGGAAUUUCAAUUUGCCAUUCAUUCAAGAUGUUAUCGAUAAAUUAGAAUCCGAGAUAGCUAUGGUGAAUCAUGACGAAUCUGCUAUAACAAUUUUAGAUCAAGUCGUCACUGAGUUGAGAGAGUUGGAACAAACAGUUCCUCAGCAAACUAAAGAUUUAGAAACCACUAAAGCCAAGUUAAAAGAAGGUCAUGCCAUUUUGGAACCUAAGCUGGAUGACAUAGUAUCAAAAAUCUCCACAAGAUUUGCUCGUUUAUUUAAUAAUGUCGGUAGUGCUGGUGCUGUUCAUCUGGAAAAGCCAAAGGACUAUGCUGAGUGGAAGAUAGAAAUCAUGGUCAAGUUCAGAGAUAAUGCACCAUUAAAGAAACUAGAUUCCCACACGCAGUCAGGUGGUGAAAGGGCGGUCUCUACGGUCCUUUACAUGAUUGCCCUACAAGAGUUCACCUCUGCUCCAUUCAGAGUCGUAGACGAAAUCAACCAAGGUAUGGACUCAAGAAAUGAAAGAAUUGUUCAUAAGGCCAUGGUAGAGAAUGCAUGUGCCGAAAACACAUCUCAAUAUUUCUUGAUCACUCCAAAGUUGUUAACCGAUUUGUAUUACCACGAGAAGAUGAGAGUACACUGUGUUAUGGCCGGUUCUUGGAUUCCAAAUCCUACGGAGGAUCCAAGGAUGAUUCAUUUCGGCGAGACCUCUAACUACUCUUUCUGA